CAUCCAUUUAUCCACAAAUUCUGAAAAAAUAAAAAAAAAAUCCAAUCUUUGAGCAUGGCGGCAUCAACAACAAUGGCGACCACUGUUUUCUCUCUUGGAUUCAGAACUCCUUCUCCACACCAAGCAGUCCGAUCAGCGACGGUUCCAUUCGUCGCUAAAAGCACACAAUCACUCAACCUCAGUUCGUCGCACACAAUUCGCGGCCUCCGCCCCCUCGUUCUCCCCCAAGCGGCAGCAGUUUCCACCUCCGGCCACAAAACUCCGUCGCCGAUGACGGUGGUGUGCGCCAAGGGCUACAAAAUGAAGACUCACAAGGCUUCCGCUAAGCGAUUUAGGGUUACGGGGAGCGGUAAGAUAAUGAGAAGAAGAGCAGGGAAGCAGCAUUUGCUCAGGAAGAAGAACACCAAGAGGAGAGUCAGACUCUCUAAAAUGUUGCAAGUGGAUCGCAGUGACUACAACAACGUGAUCGGUGCAUUGCCAUAUUUGAAAGUAAACCGGUCGAACUAGUGCUGCUCGAUUUUUGCUAUGCUGUAAUAUGUACUAGAGCUGAUUGUUUUAUUACAAGGCUGUUCUCACUUUUGUUACCGGGAAUUCAAAUUAGAGCCCCUCAACUUCAGUUAUUUUUUUUUUCCGAUCUGUAUUAUGUGUAAUUUUGGAUCAUUUUAUGUUCGAAUGUAUCAUUUCUUAAUUUCUUACGAGCACUAU